CGAUGGUGGCGGCCAGAAGGUUGAAUGAAGAACUGCUAAAAAGGCAAGUGAACCCCUGCCAAUAGCACCGGGAAGGACUGGACAAGGACGCACGACGGCUCAGGGUAUGGUCGUGAUGCCGCGGAUAACAUUCGUGCCAGGUCUGCUGCUGCUGGUCGGGUUGAACGCCGCGGGCUGCCUGGCUGCCGUGCCAAACGCCAAUGAUUGGCAUCUCACAAACGUUGUCAAAAACCUUGAACUGCACGGUUCCGUAUCGCAAGCGAUAACGACGUACACCGUCAAGCGAGGCUCGGGUUCAUCGGAACCCUUCUUCGUCGCCUUCAGUGCAGCGGAAUACGAGAAGCUCGCCUUCGCCGAUGCCAUCGUCGAUGGGCAAGGGAAGACCCCCACAGCUCUGCCGCUCCAGGAUGAGGGUCUCGAUCCAGAAGAUCCCACGACGCACCUUGCCUCCUUGAACCUGCCGGAAAGCGCAGCUGAGGUCACCGUGUCGGUCCGAUGCGCCUACAACCAUCUCGUAGAGGCGCUCCCCAAGGUGAUCGCUCAGACGGAUCCAGUGCUGCUUAUAUGGAAAGGAGACGUGGGUCUUCGCACACCCUACGUAGCCGACAAGGGCAGAGUCAAAGUAAUCACGCCGAUCCAAAACGUUCCAAACUACACACCAAAGGACGAGACGGCGACCAAAUCGGGCAACAAAAUUACCUUUGGCCCCUACGAGAACAUCCAACCUUACCGCUCCGCGUCGAUCAAACAAGGAAGCGUGCACUACGAGCACCCUGUACCAGUUACCAGCGUCGUGACUUUUGACAGAGUCGCUGAGGUUUCGCACUGGGGAGACAACAUUGCCAUCGAAGACCGCAUCUGGUUGCGCAACGAUGGACCGGCACUGAAAGGUCACUUCUCGCGAAUUGACUACCAGAUGGCGCAGUUCAAGCAGAAGGGACAGGCGAGCACCUUGAUCCGCUUCCGGGUGCACUUACCAGCCGGGGCGAAGGACGCCUACUUCAUCGACCAGAUCGGCAACGUCUCCACCUCGCGCUUCUAUCCUGCCCCGCCUGCGCCGCAUCUCAUCGCGACACCCUCGAAUUUGCUCGGCGAGAGACGGUCCUCGGCGCUGGACCUUCAGCCGCGCUAUCCAAUUCUGGGUGGAUGGAACUAUACGUUCAGCAUUGGCUGGAACCAGAAGCUUAGCACGGGUGGCUGGGCCAAGCGGCUCGGAGCUGGCACCUACAGUGUCUCCGUGCCUUUCCUCACACCUGUCGGUGAUGCCACCGCUCUCGACGACGUCAAGACCACCAUUGUUCUGCCCGAAGGCGCAACUGACAUCAAGACGUUCCUACCCUUUGCGGUCGAUAGCUUGACCCAGCAAAAGUACGUGACAUAUCUCGAUACGGUCGGACGGCCUUCCCUCGUGCUCGAAAAAGCAAGGUGCUCCGAGAAGCACUCGCAGCUGGUCUACGUUCAAUAUCGGCUAUCGCCAACUGCCCAUUUGCGCAAACCACUCGCUGUCUCCACCGUCGCGCUCGGGCUGUUUAUGCUUGCUGGUGCACUACGGAGAUUCGAUCCAAAGAUCAAGGCGCAGUGAUCUGCUGCCUACAUGUAUUCGUGCGCUCUAGUGCUGCUCGUGUUGGUCGCUCGCAAGAUGCCUCAAAAUGAAAUAAUUUGCAUAGGCCAAAGCGAGAUUUGUGAGAUAUACACAGUCGAGAAGAUGUUAUUUCCGAUAUGCGGAGCAAAAGGCAAGAGUAAGAGGCGACACAAUCCGGCCCGUAGCCUGGACCUGAUCACGUCCCGAUGAGUCCGUAUACCUAGCGAAGUUCUGUAUGAUUACA